GGGGGAAGGCGGAGCGCGAGCGGAAGCGACGCAGUCCUUGCGCACGUGGUCCGUGUAUCACCCUGGUCACUUCGGCCGGACCUGGGAAGUUACGAGCUCGUUUACCCGACGUAGGCCGGACCUAGCUCUCCGGUCCCUGUCCGGUUGGCAAGAUGGUGAAGCCCAAGUACAAAGGACGGAGCACCAUCAACCCCUCCAACGCCAGCACAAACCCCGAUCGGGUACAGGGAGCAGGAGGCCAAAACAUGAGGGACCGGGCCACAAUCCGGCGUCUGAAUAUGUACAGGCAAAGGGAGCUCAGGAACAGCCGUGGUAAAGUAAUUAAGCCUCUGCAGUAUCAAUCAACAGUGGCUUCUGGCACAGUGGCGAGAGUGGAGCCAAAUAUUAAAUGGUUUGGAAACACACGUGUGGUUAAGCAGUCGUCAUUACAAAAAUUUCAAGAGGAAAUGGAAACAGUUAUGAAGGAUCCAUACAAAGUUGUCAUGAAGCAAAGCAAGUUGCCCAUGUCUCUUCUCCAUGAUCGAAUCCGGCCUCAUAACUCAAAGGUGCACAUUCUUGAUACAGAAAGCUUUGAAACUACAUUUGGCCCUAAGUCACAGAGGAAGCGACCAAAUUUAUUUGUGAGUGAUGUGCAGUCUCUUAUAGAGAAUGCAGAAACAUGCACUGAGAGCUAUGACCAGGGCAAGGAUCAGGAUUUGGUGACUGAAGACACCGGUGUGAGAAAUGAAGCCCAAGAAGAGAUCUAUAAAAAGGGACAGUCCAAAAGAAUAUGGGGUGAGCUCUAUAAGGUGAUUGAUUCAUCAGAUGUUGUAGUUCAAGUUCUUGAUGCUAGAGAUCCAAUGGGUACCCGUUCCCCUCACGUUGAAACUUACUUGAAAAAGGAAAAACCCUGGAAACAUCUCAUUUUUGUUCUUAAUAAAUGUGACCUUGUUCCAACCUGGGCAACCAAACGAUGGGUUGCUGUUCUCUCCCAGGAUUACCCAACACUCGCUUUCCAUGCAAGCCUUACUAACCCUUUUGGCAAAGGAGCAUUUAUUCAACUCCUACGGCAGUUUGGAAAGCUGCACACUGACAAGAAACAGAUCAGUGUCGGGUUCAUUGGCUAUCCAAAUGUUGGCAAGAGCUCUGUGAUAAACACAUUGCGUUCCAAGAAGGUUUGCAGCGUGGCCCCCAUUGCGGGUGAAACGAAGGUCUGGCAGUAUAUUACCUUGAUGCGUCGAAUAUUCCUCAUUGACUGUCCAGGUGUUGUUUACCCGUCUGAGGACUCGGAGACAGACAUUGUGCUAAAAGGAGUUGUUCAAGUUGAAAAAAUUAAGACUCCUGAAGACCAUAUCAGUGCUGUACUUGAACGAGCAAAGCCAGAAUAUAUCAGCAAGACAUACAAGAUUGAUUCAUGGGAGAAUGCUGAGGACUUCCUGGAGAAGCUAGCUUUCCGGACUGGGAAGUUGUUAAAGGGUGGAGAGCCCGACUUGCAGACUGUGAGUAAGAUGGUUCUCAAUGACUGGCAGAGGGGCCGGAUUCCUUUCUUUGUCAAGCCGCCCAAUGCAGAUCCCCCUGCAACCCCCCAGUUUCCAUCCUCUGCAUCUUUGGAAGUUGCCACAGAAACAACCCAGAACAGCUUAGAAGAGGAAAUCACAGGAACUGUAGGUGAAAAGUCAGAACCUGUCUUUGAGAAGGGAAAAGAAGAGAACAGCCACUGUGACGCCAACUCAGAAAUGCAGCAGAUUCUUGCACGGGUUCGACAGAACUUUGGCAAAAUCAAUGUGGCGCCUCAGUUUUCUGGGGAUGACCUGGUUCCUUUGGAGAUGUCAGAUAUCGAUGAGGAGCUUGAGAGCUUUUCUGCAGAGGAGCAGGAGGAACCCGAGCCACAAGGAGACGAGGAGGAGGAAUCUAACUCAGAGUUCCAGGAAGAAUACGCAGGAAACGACACCAAAGCGGUUAUUAAAGCCCUCGAUGAAAAGAUUGCAAAAUACCAGAAGUUUUUAAACAAAGCCAAAGCUAAAAAGUUUUCAGCAGUCAGAAUAUCCAAGGGACUAAGUGAAAAGAUUUUUACAAAAUCUGAAGAACGAACAGCUGAAGAAGAUGUAGAAGAUAGAGCACCUGCCAAAAGGGGAAAGAAGAGGAAGGCACAGAAGGAAGAGGAGCAUUCGAAUAAGACUCGCAGGAUGCCUACAUCUAAGGAACGGAGACGAGUAGCCCGGCAGCAACAAUCCAGAAAAGUUGGCGUUCGCUACUAUGAAACACACAAUGUGAAAAACAGGAACAGGAACAAAAAGAAGACCAGCGACUCAGAGGGACAGAGACACAAACACAGGAGGUUCAAACAUAAGCAGUAACAUUUAAAAAAAGUUGUUUAUUAAAUUA